AUGCGGAUCGACACCAUUGAUGUAGAUCUAGGCCUAGAUCUAGACCUACAACUAGUUGUUCCGCCAGAGUCUGCAAAUAAAAAGGGAGAAGAUGGCGCAGAUGUGAAUGGUCGGGAAGAUGAGUCACAAAGAUGUCUCCCCCUUAAGAAAAGGCAUCCAACCUGCGCUCGAUGCCGAAACCACGGACUCAUCGUGGACCUCAAAGGCCACAAGCAUUUAUGCGAAUACCGUGACUGCCUCUGCACUCGAUGUAACCUAGUGAUUCAACGGCGGGUAGUGAUGGCGAAGCAGGUAGCCCUAAGUCGAGAGCAGUUGAAGCAACAGAGACAAGACCACAGUUUAUCUCAACAGCUACAGGUCAGUCAAGGUUCCUCACAGGGUAUACCAUCGUCUCCAACAGUUAUUGAUCUCAUUUCUGAAAGUACAAGGUCAGAGGAGAGGGCGAAUUCUGUCGUUCAACUUUCACCGGAUUCGACAAAUAUCGAAUACAAUAGUCCAUAUUCUUCUUGGGACUCGCCUCCGAUGAAUUUGUCACAGCCGACACAAAUGACGUUGACUCCUCAGAAAGCAUCAAGCCAAGCUUCGCGGUCAUCUCCCACAUCUUUCCAAGCAGUUCAGGAAAGCGAAACAUAUAGACCACGAAUGGUCUUCUUGACAAGCCCUUCGAAUAGAUCGUUAAUACCACACCCCGUGGUACCUUACCCAGCUAGUGCCCCGAGAAUUGUCUAUAACAGCGACAAUAUCCCCGGAGCUUCGGCCUUUAUCAACUAUGCGUCGUCUCAAGGCAAUUUUGACCACGCGCUAGAGUACUCUCCUACGUCAUAUCACACGCCUCAAUUAAAUGAAAUGUAUCGACCCCAGCCUUUAGUCGGUGCCAACCAAAUGGCAAGACCAUUCGUACCAAGUCCCACCAUACCGAUGGCAUCUGACGAAUCUAUCAACCAACAUAUUGGAUAUAUUCCCAGUCAAACGGCAACCUAUUCCGCCAACCUUUCGUCAGCUCAUGGUGUUACAGGACAAACGUCAGAGUAUCCCUUACAUCCAAGAUCAACAUUCCAUUCAUCACUGGUGGAUGAGACGUACCGGUGCCAAGUAUCGAUAACUUCAAAUUAUCCAACUGGACCAGUUUUCCAUUGUCCCAUGGUGCCACAUCAACCAUUUGACGCAGUCUCUGCAUAUCGCGAUAGUUACAUGUUGGCAAACUCACAGGUGGCUUCUAGCUCCGCCAUGCAUAUUGAUUCAAUGUCGGAGACCCAACCGCCUUCAGAGGAAGCAACAGACCUGUCUAAUAUCCCGUACUGUCAAGUUAAAGAGCAUGCGGACCUGCUGCAUCAGAUACCGCUGUCAAGUUCGUUAAGGGUUUCAUCAUUCGUAAACCAAUCAGCACAAAACUUCAUGCCGGCCCAAGAAUAUUACAGCAAUCCAGAUAGAUAUACUUCAUGCUCUUUGCCAGCAGAUUCGGCAACAGCAGCGUAUUUAUUUCAAACAGGAGAUAAAGCUAUGUUAUCUUCUGAAAAUGACAUCUCAUUCCAGGGUGUCGACCUUACUAGACGGCCCCAAAUCGAUACAACACCACUGCAACCAGAAAAAAUCCAUCUGAAUCACGCUGACGGCUUUUCUUCUAGGUCAGUACCAUUAACUACGACACAGCAAGAAAUCGCAGUUAAUAUUUCAAAAGAACCAACCUACAAAUCUCGUCGACCUUUUCCUCUUAGGAUCACCAUCCCGUCCCUGAAUCUAUCAGAUAGAUUCACCGACAGUCCGUCUCCAAGUCCCAUGGACCCAUCGCCAACUUUCACACCAUCAAACUUAAGCAUUCUCACUAACACCUCUCUGCCGACAAGUGAUAUUCCAUCUCCUGGAUUCUUUACUGCGUCUCUCCCUUCCUUCAACUACCCAUCUCCUACAUUGCCCACUCAGAGCUCUCCCGUCUUUAGUUACCCAUCUCCUUACACCAAUCCCUCUAAGCAUGCAGGAUUGCCGUCUUUCCAAAGUCUGACGGACUCGAUUUUACCUGUGACGCAAAGCAGCCGGUUGCCUUCAAAUUUCGCGGAGCAGGUUCGGAUCCCGCCGAAAUAUGACGAAGACUUUGACAACGACCAUGAUCACGAGAGUGACGAAAUUGACGUUUGUUCUUUGAACCCUUAUGCCCGGUGAAAAGG